AUAAGAUAUAUAUAAAAUUAAAUUGGCAGCUUAUUUAUGUAUUUCCAGUUAGAGGCUGAAAAUUACGCCAUGGGAUUGGCUUCGGUCAUUUACAAUGGCGUUCAAGCUCCACUGAAGUUCGAUUCAGUGGUGCUUAGGUUUUCACAUCCAGUUCGACCUCCCAAAUUGACUGCUCUUCACUUGUUUCACUCUCAGUGUCAUGCUCAUACAUUAUGUUCAGUUGGUCAUAAUCGUCGUGGCCGAUAUUUUCCUAUGAUUGUCUGUUCUAAAGGAACUGAACAAGAGCAUGAUUUAUCUACUUCAGGUGUGCACUGCGGUGGCAUUUGGCCUUGGUGUGGGUUUAAAAGAAGGAGUUGGCAAGGCAUCUGAGUUUUUUGCUGGGUAUAUAUUGGAGCAAAGUUUGUCAGUGGAUAAUCUGUUUGUCUUUGUUUUGGUAUUCAAGUACUUAAAAGUGCCUGUUAUGUAUCAGAAGCGGGUGCUUUCUUAUGGUAUUGCUGGUGCUGUAAUCUUUCGCUUGACAUUAAUAUUACUUGGGACGGCCACCCUCCAGAGGUUUGAGGUGGUUAAUCUACUAUUGGCUGCAAUACUUCUAUUCUCAUCCGUAAAGCUAUUUUCCAGUGAAGAUGAUGACUCUGACCUAUCUGACAAUUUUAUAGUGAAGACAUGCCAAAGAUUUAUCCCCGUCACAACUUAUUAUGACGGCAAUCGAUUUUUUACAAAUCAGGACGGAAUAUGGAAAGCCACACCUUUGCUGCUCACGGUAGCAGUUAUUGAGCUCAGUGAUAUAGCAUUUGCUGUUGACUCAAUACCGGCUGUUUUUGGUGUUUCUCGGGACCCUUUUAUAGUCUUCACGUCUAAUCUCUUUGCCAUCUUAGGCUUAAGGUCCCUUUACACGCUCAUCUCUGAGGGUAUGGCAGAUUUGGAAUAUUUACAGCCUUCUAUUGCAGUUGUUCUCGGUUUCAUUGGGUGCAAAAUGAUAUUGGAUUUCUUCGGGUUUCAUGUAUCAACUGAGGCGUCACUUGGUUUUGUGGCGACAAGUCUUAGUGCUGGGGUGCUUUUGAGUCUAAUGAAGAAAUCUGACUAGCUAAAGAACCAAAUCAAGCAGAGAGGAAGCUGAUAACUUAGUAUUUUUCAUAUUCAUUCUUUAGUAUAAACCAAGCAGAGCAAGCAAAAUGUCUCUCUCUCUUUGUUCCUUCCCGUUUUCAGUUCCUAAUGACGAAGGUCAGACACUCCUGUCCCUUGUAUCAUUUUAUCUUUGCUUAUUUCUUUGGCAACACAGACAUGGCCUGCCUGUUAAUUAUUUUGUCACUUUAAAUUGUAAGAUACCAAUAUAAUACGCAUGUAAAUAAAUGAAAAAUCUUCCAUAUAUGUA